AUCUCUUGCACAUUAAUCCAAAGCUUCGGAUACCGAAAGUCUGGCCUCAUCAUCAUGAAAUUUGGCGAGGCACCCCAAACCACGGCUUCUCGCAUGAAGUUGACGAACAGGGCUUCUCGCGCACAAACCGGCAACAUUUACACCAUUUACAACCAGCCGGCACAUGGUCGUCGUUUGAGAACCGUGCACUUUUUCAGAAACUGACCAAAAUAUAACGACAAGCAUCCGAACUGCCCGCACCAGCGCCGGCCGCCAGGCCAUUUUUGCAAAGAUUGCCGUAUCCUCUUUUUGGACCAUUGUCAGUCUAACACCAACCAACUCCACGUACUCCGUACACUACCAGCGGCGCCUGCCAUGUGCAAAGACGAGCCAGCAGAAAGCACCGCAGGUGACGGCGUGGCCUCGACACCCGCCCAUCUCUCGAGUGCGAGCGGAUGGAGCUCAAGACUACCUUCACCAGAUCCUAUCAUUUCGGACCCAACCAUGACACCCGGCCGGCGUAUCCCCCGAAGUCCUCUUGCUCCUCUGUCCCACGCCGAGAGCUUGAUGGACAUGCAAAUUCCUCAACCGUCGGGGUCACUUCAGGUCGGCAGGAAACGGGACAUUGAUGAGGUUUUCGACGAUAGCACGCCACCCUCGCCCGAUAAGCUACAACGCGAGCUCGAUCAGCAGCACGAUGAGGCCAAGGAGGAGGCCAUGAACACCAGUCGCAACUUGACAACGAGUACACUCAUGCCCCCUGACACUCAAUUGCAAGCCCAUGAGCCAGACAGCAAGCGGCGCAAGACACUCGCCUACCGAGUCAAGCCUCCUACUCGCAGUGCUAGCCCGCACUACGGGCAUGGCUCCGAGCAUGGCCACGAGGAUGACAGCGGCCGCCAAAACACGGUCGAACGACAAGCCAGCCGCAAAUCAAACUCUCCAAAAAACGGUUGAGAAGCGGGCGCUUGUCGCCGCCACCAUUGAAGCAUCAGCCUGUCCCAUGAUGCCAUCCAUGCAGGAACAGGACGGCCUACCGCCCAACGUCCACCGGCAACGCAGCAUCGCCC